UUGUCCGACGAGCAAAUGCGUUCUCAAAUUGAAGCAAUUGUUCAAGAUUUAAUUAAAAAACCAUCUACUUCUUCAAAUCCUUUAUUUAAUUCUGUUACUUCUAAUAAUUCUAAUUUGUUAACUACCCAACAAAACGUAUACCAACAAUUACCUGAUUAUCAAAUCCAGCAAAAUCAAUCCACAUCACAGCCAAUAUAUCAAGGUCACUUUAAUGCUCCACAACUUUCAAUUCCAAUGGGACAACAACAUCAUAAUAUUAGACAAGAUUUAAGAAGAAACGCCGGAGGCGUAAUAAGAAAUCGUCGCCGCUGUUUUAAUUGUUUAAAUAUUGGCCAUUUGGCAAAAAAUUGCUCUCAACAACAAUAG